CGUUUUAAAAAUUAAGUAACAAACUAAUGCAAUUAAAUGCAUGCAUCGUUUGAAAGUAUAAGUUUUUUUUUAAGAUUGUGUAAAGUGAUCUUAAUGUUACAGAAAGAAAGAAAGAAAGAGAAAGAAAGAAAGAGUUAUUCAGUUGUCCAAUGGAAAUCGAUAUGGCAAAAUUAGUUUGUUUAUGUUACCAUGGUGAGACGCACAGUCAAGCAGCGCUCUCAGGGUCUGUGCAGAGUUGAGAGCGGCGUAAUGCAAGAGAACGUGAGUACAAUGACAUCAGAGGUGGAUGAGGAAAAUAACGCGGUUGGAAGGUGUUUACUGGGAAACUGGGUUGAGGAGAGGGCUACUGCAUUGCUAGACAGGACCAAGCCUACAUCAUGCGUUCAUAAGUACGGACACACAGGGAUUCUUACCAUGGACGUCACUGCUAGAGUACAGGGGAUCAGUACAUUCAAAGCUACUUUCAAAUCUCCUAAAAGCAUUGGUGUGCGACAAAAAGGAAACCGGGCUGAACUGUUGGAAAAUGACCUCAUCAAAAGAAUAAGUGAUCAGAUACAGGCAGAGAUGAACAUAGAGCCUCUUGCCCCUGAGUUGUGCUCUGUGACCAAAGCAGACUACAAGGUGGAGGGCUUUAAGUCUGUCCGUGCACCACUGACCACGGAUCAUGAUUACACAGCUGACCAAGCUAUCACAUUUUGGAGUGAUAACUAUCAGAAGAUUCAGGGUGUGACAGCAGUUAAAACUAAGGAUCAACCAUUUAAAAGAAAUUCCACUUUUAGUACACCAAUCGGAGAUCAGCUCGACGACACAAUGCUGUACCCAUCAGAGAAUGAUACUUUGUGACGAAUGUAAAAAAUAUCCACAUUUGAUCAUAUCUUCUAUGCUCUUUUAUGUCAUCAUUUUUGCUGAGUUUAUAACCAGCAAUAAGGUUGUGUAAUAUUUUCCAUGCCAAGUAUGACGUCCUGACUUCACAAAUGUUUUAAUGAAGAGCAAGUGACUAGUUAAUUAUUCUCUAAUAAAAUAAAUGUACUUGUCUUUGCAGCCAAAGGAGAAAUUUUUAUGUUUUUGGCUGCAGAUGGCAGCCUUUUUCAUUCUGAAGGAGGAGAGCUCUAACCAUUUGCUGAUGCACUGUUUCUUUGGAUCAGGAUGGCUUACUUUCACACAGCUGUGCUGUCAAUCAGAGCUGCUCUGUCACUGCAUUCCUCUUCCAUGCUUUCAGCAGGGAUUAACGUUGAGUAACUAUGGCAACAAGUAAUUUUAGACUUCAUUAAUUCAGUGUUUUCCCUUUGUUUACACAAAAUUAGUUUUCUCUCAUUAUAGUUACCCUAUAGUAUACAGUAGUUAUCCAUAGUUGGGUAACUAUGGCAACAAGUAAUUUUAGAGUCAAGUCACCUUUAUUUAUGUAACGCUUUUGCUAGGGUGUUGCUAUGUUAUUGCUAAGGUACAAAUAUUUGAAAUUUCAACUAAAAUCUUUUCAAUCUAUCUUCUAUCUAUCUAUCUAUCUAUCUAUCUAUCUAUCUAUCUAUCUAUCUAUAUAUCUAUUUAUCUAUCUAUCUUCUAUCUAUCUAUCUAUCUAUCUAUCUAUCUAUCUAUCUAUGUAUAAUCUGACAUACAGAUUGUCAAAGCAGCUCUACAGUAUCAAAUAGGAAAAUAGUGUGUCAGUGCAAAAAGGACAGUAGUAAACACAACAUUUUCAGUUAAAUGCAGUUCAUCAUUGAAUUCAGUGAUGUCAUCAUUCAGUUCAGUUCAGUUGAAAUAGUAUCUGAAAUCAAAUUGAAGAUAUGGCUGGAAAUUAAGUGUGCCCAACUAAGCAGGCCAGAGGUGACAGUGGCAAGGAACCAAAACAGAAUUGAGAAAAAAACCUUGGGAGAAACCAGGCUCAGUCGGGGGGGGGCAGUUCUCCUCUGACCAGACAAAUCAGCAGGUUCAUCCAUGCUGUAGCAAAGUUAGAUUCCAGAGGGCUCAUCUGGUUCCUUGGUCUUGUCCCGGUGGCUGUCUAGGAGACAAGGUCUAAUACUGGGGUUCUGUCUCUGAAGCUCAUGUAAUUUUUGUGGUCUCUGCUGAAAUUCAAGGCUGUAGAGGUCGUCUCUAGGUGCUGAUCCACCAUCUGGACUGUAUACGGACUGGAUUUGGUGGCUAUGGUGAACUUGGAAUAAGAAACACACCAACUAAUAUUAGCAUUUAUACCAUUCUUCUAACGAUGUAACAAGUACAUCAUGUGUUAUUAGAAGUGUUCCCAGUUCCGGUUUACGUAAUUAAUGCAGCCUAAAAAUUAUUCAACAGAUUUGAGUAAUAAAAAUCUGUAAGUGUGAUAUGUGUACGACAGGUUAUAGAGAUGGGUCUAGAUUGAAUCUAGAUUUAAACUGGCAAAGUGUGUUUGCCUACUGAACAAUGUUGGGUAAUUUAUUCCAGAAUUUGAGCUCUAAACAGGAAAACGAUCAGCAGCCCAGUUGAUAUUCAAGGUAUUAUCAAAUUGCCAGAGUUUUGAGAAUGCAGAUGACGUAGAGGACUAUAAAACGAUAAGAGCUUGUGCAAGUACUGAGGUGGUCCCAUUCAGGGCUUUAUGAGUAAUUAGCAGGAUUUUAAAAUCUAUACAAUGUUUAAUAAGGAGCCAGUGCAGUGUUGACAGAACCAGGCUAAUUUGCUCAUACUUCCGUGUUCUAGUAAGAACUCUAGCUGCCACACUUUGGACCAGCUGGAGUUUAUUAAGCAUGCAGAACA